UUUGAUGAAGAAGAACAACAAGUAGAAAGUCAAUCAUUCACAAAAGCUGGUAGAAAACGACUUUUCUCAAAGGAAUUGCGUUGCAUGAUGUAUGGUUUUGGUGAUGAUGAAAAUCCAUACACUGAAAGUGUUGACAUACUUGAAGAUCUAGUUAUUGAGUUUAUCACAGAAAUGACUCAUAAUGCUAUGGAAAUUGG